AGCAGCCCUCUUCAAACCCACUCGCUCCCCGUCCGCAGCUGCUGCGCUAAUCACAGCAGAUCGGGAAACGCUCCUCCGGCGAUCGCCGACGUCCCCUUGCUGCCGUUGGUUGUACUGGAUAGCAGGUUCAUUGCCAUGGAGUGCUCGAAGACAAACUUUAUAAGGAAGUUGGACCUGGCACAAAAUUUCACAUAUCAUUGUAUUGAGCAAUCAGGCAGAUUAUGCAUGAGGCACAGGAGGCUGGCAUAUCCAUGCAAUUCUUAUAAAAGCUCUCAAGAAUUCCCUAGAUAUUUUUGCAUGAUACAGCCCUAUCAAUCAUUCCUCUAUAGACAUAAAUCUUCAAGAAACUUUGCUAUGCCCACAAGUGUGGGUGAAGAACCAUCCUCAUUGUCAGAGGAGGAAAACACAAAUGGUGCUAAUGAGAUUGUACCAGAUGAUACAUCGGACAUGGGCUCACCAACAAAGUUGACAUCUGAUGAGUUGAAAGCACUGCUACUUGACACUGAAAGAAAAAAGCUUUUGCAGAAACUCAGUGAAGCUAAUCAGUACAACAGAGUCCUCAAAAGACAGUUGCUUGUAGAAGAGGAUGCCUUAGCCAAAUACAAAAAUGAGCUUGCAGUUCUGGAAGUUGAGCUUCAGGCUUUGGUUGGCCUAGCAGAAGAGAUUGCUAACAGUGGUAUCCCACUUGACUCGAGGAAGAUCAAUGGAAAGUAUAUCCAAUCCCACCUCCUUGCCAGAUUAGAAGUGGUACAUGGAAAAGUCAUGGAGCAGAUAAAGGAAGUUGACUCUCUGAAAUUUGAGGAGGUUGAUUUAUUCUGGAUCGGCAUGGCUGAGAGUGUCCAAGUUAUGGGUUCAUUCGAUGGUUGGACUGAAGGUGAGGAGAUGUCACCAGAGUAUAGUGGUGAUUAUGCCAGAUUUUCUGCUACCCUGAAGCUUAGACCUGGGCGGUACGAGAUCAAGUUCUUGGUAGAUGGAGAGUGGCAACUAUCUCCCAAACUCCCCAUUGUGGGGGAGGGGUUGAUGAAAAAUAACUUGCUGGUUGUGGAGCAUGCCAAUUGAGCUUACAACAAAAGCCAGUUAGUUUCUUUAAAAUCCUUAUCUUUUCUUUCCAUGAAUGAUUAUAAUAAUAAUAAUUGCAAAUGCAAUGUUUGGUUUGUAUACUA